GAGCCCUGAAUGUAGCACUAGGUUUGACAGCUAGACAGCCAAACAUGGCGGCUGUUAGCUAGGGUAACCACUCAGCACUUGCGUCUUUUAUUAUCAUUGUCAGCUGUCAGGAAAUAACCUGGGCCGGGAAGGAUUCACGGAAACAGACGGUGAACGUCCUCCCGUGGUCAUCAGGCCGUUGUUCGGUAUGUGAAGGCGGUUUGUGAACCACAGAGGACGGCAGACAGGAGUCAGUGCACACAACAGAGGGCUGAGGGCGGACUGCCUGUCUUUAUUUGGUUUCUUCACCUGUCUGCCGAUAUGUCGCACAGCAGGUAAUCUCCGGCCUCUCUGCGAACCAGACCAUCACGCCUUCCUUAUCCCCACCCUCUGCUGAUGAUGUCAUCGCCACCAGCAAAGCCCUCCACCACCUCCACCUCGCCUGGGUCCCAGCUGCAGGCUUCAAUGGCCCUUGACGCCCUGUCUGUGUCUUCUCUCCUGUCUGGGGAUUUAGAUGAUGAAGGAGAUGGAGGAAGAGGAGAAGGGGAGGGGGAAGGGCUUGGAGACCUAGAAGUGAACCCAUAUGAUGGUUUGCCCUUCUCUUCCCGCUACUAUUCGCUGCUGGAGGAGAGGCGCCGGUUACCUGUAUGGAGGCUCAGACAGAAUCUACUGGAACACCUGGAGAGCCACAACAUGGUGCUGCUCAGUGCUCCCAGUGGAACUGGAAAAAGCACCCAGGUGCCUCAGUGGUGUGUGGAGUAUACUCUGUCCUAUGAGUUCUCUCAGGGCCUGGUUUGCUGCUCCCAGCCCUACUCAGUGGCAGCAGUGAGUCUGGCCCUUCGUGUGGCUGAUGAGAUGGACCUCAGCCUGGGUCUGGAGGUGGGCUACAGGGUAUCUCACGAUGACAGCUGUACACCAGACACCAUGCUCAGGUUUGUCAGUGACACUGUCCUGCUAGAGGAAAUGAUGUCCGACCCUCUCCUACAUCAGUACGGUGUUGUGGUGUUAGACGAGCUCCAGGAGCGCACCAUGCCUACCGAUGUGCUGCUGGGCCUGCUGUGUGAUGUCUGCCGCCAGAGGCCAGACAACUUUCGGGUGGUUCUCCUCACUCACCCGACACUGGCUCCCCGCCUCUCCACCUUCCUGGGACCCUCUGUCCCUCAUCUCUCCCUGGACAGCCUCCUUACUGACCCUGCUACCAAAGACCAGGAAGAGGGGGGUGAGGCAGGGGAGGACAGGAGGACUGUGGAAAUGAACAGGUUUGAAAUGCUGUACAGGGAGCUUUCUUCUGGGAAGGAACCUGUGGCUGCUGCCUGUCACAUGGUAUUGGAUCUUCACAGAAGAGGAGAGGAAGGAGAUGUGAUGGUGUUUUUGGCCAGUACACAGGAAAUAGAGGAGUGUGUGGCUCUACUGGAGAAGGAGUGUAUAGCUCUGAGUCCUCAGCUUGGUCCUCUCAGGAUCCUCCCCCUCCAUGCUGGACUUGGUGGACUGACCCAGCGGGUCUACGAAUCCGACUCUGAAUCUUCUACGCUGAGGGAGAACGACAGCUCUGAAGGCGUGGAAGACAGCUUGGUCCUGGGAGCUGGAGGUCCAGGGGUCAAGAGGAAGGUUGUCCUCACCAACACACUCUCAGAGGCCUCCUUCUCUCUGCCAGCCAUUCGCUAUGUCAUAGACACAGGCCUUCAACUCAAAACUGUUUACAAUCCACAAAUAAGAGCGAACUCACAAGUCCUGAGGAUGAUCAGCAAACACCAGGCUGACAUGCGAGCUCAGAGGGUCAACAGUCACCUUCCAGGGCUGUGUCUUCGUCUGUACCCCCAGUCUGUAUAUGAUGAUGAGAUGAUGGAGGCUCAUUGUCCAGGGGUGGUGGAGGAAAACCUCAGCCACUUGGUACUCCUGCUCAAGAGGCUUGAUAUUGCCGACAUGGGACAGUGCAAGUUCCUGGACAGACCAGCCCCCGACGCUCUGAUGCAGGCCUUGGAGGACCUGGACUAUCUUGCAGCAUUGGAUGAUGAUGGUAACCUGUCAGAAGGUGGGUCAUCAAUGUCAGAGUUACCACUGGAGCCAUCGCUGGCUAAAGCCCUGAUUGCUGCCUGCGAGUAUGACUGUGUGGACGAACUGCUCACUAUAGCUGCCAUGCUCACAGCACCUUCCUGUUUCAUGAUGGCAGAACCCAACAGAGAGGAAGCUGCUGUCACACACUGGAGACCUCUAAUGCACAUAGAGGGAGACCACAUGACUCUCAUUAAUAUCUACAAUGCCUUUACAGAGCAUAAUCAGGAUGAGGCAUGGUGCACAACAAACUUCCUUAGUCACGCCUCUUUACGAUUGGCUGUGGUGAUCAGGGCUCAGCUGCUGGAGGUGAUGCAGCGAAUAGAGCUUCCUGUUUCUCCUCCUGCUUUUGGAUGCCAGGACAACUGCACAAAUAUCAAGCGUGCUCUCAUCUCAGGCUUCUUCCUCAAAGUGGCUCAUGACGUGGAUGGCUCAGGUAACUACCUCUUGCUAACUCACCGCCAUGUGGCUCACCUGCAUCCCUUCUCCUCCUAUCUGUGUCGUCAGCCGUGCCCCAACCCCCCCAACUGGGUCCUUUACCAUGAAUUCACCAUCUCCCGUGAUAACUGCAUCCGCAUCGCUUCUGAAGUCCACCCACAGAUGCUUGUGGAGCUGGCUCCUCAGUACUACCUGGGAAACCUGCCAUCGAGUGAUGGUAAAGAGCUUCUGAUGGAGCUGAAGCAGAGUCUGUUGCCCCGUGGAUAUGAGCAGGGCGAAGGGUCAGACGAGCACAGCAGGCCUCACAGAGACCCUGAUGGGAAGGGAGAGACUCACAAUCAGUCCAGCACUGAGCUCUGUGUUGUACAGUGAGAUGGAGCUGCUCAGGAGAAGACACUAAUCACACACAGCUGUCACUUUACUGUUUGAUCUGACAUUUGGUACUGUGCAUAAUUUAGUCUGUGAAAUCUCAUUUGAGCUUCAGUUUUGAUGUGUGAUUUCAAAUGGACUUGUGAAAACACUAAUGUACAGUAAUGUAUUGUUGAUAUAUCUUCUAUGCAGUUGCUUUGGAAAAUAUUCCCACCUUUUCAUUUUCUCCAUGUUUUGUUGAGCUAUGUCUUAGUUUAGAAUUUAUUUUAAAUCCUUUCUCACUUGAUGAGGGAUUUCUCUGUUUCUAAAUUAUUCUUAUUAUAAAACAUAUUCUCAAAACCUGUUAUCACUGUGUAAUUGUUGGGUUUUAUGUGGCACAAAAAUAUAUUUUUUAAAUUGAGAACAAAAAAAAUUGGGGGAAAAUGAAGGGGACAGAACACUAUCAAACCGCUGAAUGCUUGUUUACCUUAAAACCUAUUAGAAGCAAUACAUACUCCUUGAGUGAGCUGAGGCACUGUUAUUGUGCAACCUAUGACCUUUAUACAGAUGCUGUUCAGAUCAGUGAUGAACAGAUGACCUCUCAGGACUCACUGUGAUCUGUGAUGAGAUUCCACAGUGAUGAACAGAGCUUCUAUUUUCAGCUUUUUGAUACACUUUGUAUAAUGUUUGGGUUUCCUGCUUAGAUCAUCAUUCUGCCUUUUUUUCAAUAAUGAAACAUCUUUGUGUAAACUGGAUUCUUAUGUCCUAUUUUAUAGGAUGUAUCUGUCAAUACAGAAUGAGCUUUAAAUAAAAAUGUGGUUUUCA